AUGAAACAGGGGGAUGUUGGUUGGUCAGACAAGCCUGAAAGGACUCGUCGGGGAUGCUGCCAACUUACCACUGGCAGCGGAGCUUCUGCCGAUGGGCAAGCCACCUGCAAAGAGGACCACCAAAGCAACAGCACUUGUCUCCAAAGAAGACUAAAAAAGCUCCACCCAGCGCUCACACGAGGCGAACAAGUGAAGAGUGAAGCGACGGUACAAUAUGGCAGCGAUCUCGCUGCCACAGAGAGGAGUACCGAGCGAUUGAGGAGGCUGCGAGGCCACGCUGUCUGCAUGGUGAGAAGUGCUUUCGCACUGGCGCCCACCACAUUGCGGUGUACUUUCAUGGCACGAAGGCUGAGACUGCGUCGCCUUUGGGGCUGCACGCUGUGCCGAAGGGAAAGAAACGCGUGGAGUAGGACGACAGAGAGAGCGAACAGCACCAGCAGCGGGGUGUGCUGUAAUUGUGAUGGGGGAUACACUGGUGGGGUGAGUGACUUGUACCCGACGCUGUACGACGCAUAA